CAACAUGUUGUCGUUGCAAUGUGAACCUGCAAUGUCCAAAACGGCAGACGACAUCUGGUGCUGAUUAUCUACACGUUUCCGAGUGACAUCUGUUCGACUCCGAACUUUGACUUCAUAGUUGUCAGCCUUGCUCCAACCCCACUCCUCAAGAACCAAGAUGUAAACAAGCCGCUCUCUGAAGACGCUCAAAAUGCCCCUCGAACUCCCCGUCCUCACAGUAGCCAAUGCCACCCUCUGGCGCAAAUGGCUUCUCAAACAACACCCCACCUCUCCAGGAGUCUGGCUUACCCUGGCCAAGAAAGGCACCACAACCCCCACAACUCUAACCUACCAACAAGCCCUCGAAGAAGCUCUCUGCUUCGGCUUCAUCGACGGCCAAGCCCGCAAAAAAGAGGAAGCAACCUUCUCCCAACGCUUCACACCUCGCACCCCCAAAAGUACCUGGUCCCAACGUAACGUAAACCUCAUCUCUCGUCUCGAAGAAGAAAAUCGCAUGCACGCUUCCGGCCGCGAAGCAGUCGAAGCAGCAAAACGUGAUGGUCGCUGGGAAGCAGCGUACGCAGGCUCGAAAUCCGCGGAAGCACCAGAGGAUUUCUUGAAUGAAGUGGCGAAAAUUCCUAAAGCGCAGAAGACGUGGGAGAGUUUGAACCGCCAGAAUCGGUAUGUGAUUUAUAUGCGAUUGGCGGCGUUGAAGACGGAGAAGGGGAGGGAGAAGAGAAUUGCGGCUUUUGUGGAAAUGUUGGGAAAGGGGGAGACGCCUGUGCCGCAGAAGAGGGGUUUGGAGGAUGUUCAGGUUGAGGAUGAUAUGGGUGGCGAGGAGGAAGCUGGGAAACCUAAGAAGAAGGCGAGGACUGGGAAGGCAAAGAAGAGUGUGGAAAAUGAUGGUAAUGAUGAUGUUGCUGUUGCACAGCCUGUAGAAAUGACGAGGUCGACGAGGUCUGGCAGGAAAGCGCCUGGAAAGUACGAAUAAUAUGUUCAGGCUCUAGACUGAGUUGCUCAGAUGGGGUCUACGGUACCCAUCUUGCGAAACAGCAUGAAAACAAAUUGAAUGCAGACUAAAGUCUCCUUUGGACUAUGACUGUCACCUGUCUGGCAAUAGGGCAGGAUCAAUCGACGCGGCAG